AGAACGCGCCCCAGCAGCGCGUACGUGCUCCGGGUGGAAACUGGCGCCGGCGCCCGCGGCGUUCCGCGGGCGGAGGAGAGGGGAGGGAGGAGGUGACGAGGCUGUGCGCCGGCCGCUCCUCCCCACCCCCAGCCUCGGCCCUGAACGGGCUGGAUGGGCAAGUCGGGCGCAAUGGCUCUAGCCCGGGCGGCGGCGGCGGCGGUGGCAGGAGGCGGCGGCGCCUCUUCCUCCUCGCCCCGGCGCCGGCGGUGAUCGGAGCGAGCGGCCGCGGUCCCCGAUGAGACUGCUGGCGGGCUGGCUGUGCCUGAGCCUGGCGUCCGUGUGGCUGGCGCGGAGGAUGUGGACGCUGCGGAGCCCGCUCACCCGCUCCCUGUACGUGAACAUGACGAGCGGCCCGGGCGGGCCGACGGCGGCCGCGGGCGGUGGUAGGGAAUGUCAUGUGUGGUAUGUGUGCAACCGAGAAAAAUUAUGCGAAUCACUCCAGGCUGUCUUUGUUCAGAGUUACCUUGAUCAAGGAACACAGAUCUUCUUAAACAACAGCAUUGAGAAAUCGGGCUGGCUAUUUAUUCAAUUAUAUCAUUCUUUUGUGUCAUCUGUUUUUAGCCUGUUUAUGUCUAGAACAUCUAUCAAUGGGUUGCUAGGAAGAGGCUCAAUGUUUGUGUUUUCACCAGAUCAAUUUCAGAGACUACUUAAAAUUAAUCCAGACUGGAAAACCCAUAGACUUCUUGAUUUAGGUGCUGGAGAUGGAGAAGUCACAAAAAUCAUGAGCCCUCAUUUUGAAGAAAUCUAUGCCACUGAACUUUCUGAAACUAUGAUAUGGCAACUUCAGAAGAAGAAAUACAGAGUGCUUGGUAUAAAUGAAUGGCAGAAUACAGGAUUCCAGUAUGAUGUCAUCAGUUGCUUAAAUUUGCUGGACCGCUGUGAUCAGCCCCUGACUUUGUUAAAAGAUAUCAGAAGUGUCUUGGAGCCAACUAGAGGCAGGGUCAUCCUUGCCCUGGUCCUGCCCUUUCAUCCCUAUGUGGAAAACGUAGGUGGCAAGUGGGAGAAACCUUCAGAAAUAUUGGAAAUCAAGGGACAGAACUGGGAAGAACAAGUGAAUAGUCUGCCUGAAGUUUUCAGAAAAGCUGGUUUUGUUAUCGAAGCUUUCACUAGACUGCCAUACCUGUGUGAAGGCGACAUGUAUAAUGACUACUAUGUUCUGGAUGAUGCCGUCUUUGUUCUCAAACCAGUAUAAACACAUGGAGGUCGAAGUCUUCAGAGUCCGUACCCUCCAGGAUGUACCCUCUGGAGAGGGUCUGCUAUCAUACUUAUGUGAAGGGAGGACCCUUGGGGACUGCCAUUCUAAAUAUCAUGUAGGAAUAUAAAAAGCCAAAAUACUAAUUAUUUCUUUGUAGUGUGUAAAAGGAAUGUUUUUAAAAAACAAAAACCCAACUCUUUGUGGAUUUUUAUCAACUCUUUACUCAGUUAGAGCCACUCUCCAAUGCAGGUCACACUCCAAUUAUGAUGGAAGAUAUUUUUUAUACUUAAUUGCAGUAGGGACUCAUUCCCAGAUGAAGCAAUAGUUAUGACUUCAUGGAACCAAUAGAUGAAUUGUUUUUAAUACAAUGAAGACUGGCAAUAAAACUGUCCAUUCAAAUCCAAAUAUUGGUUGUAAGGUAUAGCCACUGAUAUUCUUUCAUGUUUAGAAAUUCUUUCUGUUAUUAUUCAAGAAAAUGUUUUUAAUCAUGCUAAUAAACUUUUUUGGCGAUGACUUUGGCAUCAUGUUUGAAUUAAUAUAAGGUUCCCCUAGCAUUUUUAAAAAUUGUUUUGGCGUCAGGAUUACCCAAAUAGUAACAUUUUGUGAAAGAUGCAGAAACUUGGAUAUGUGGUGAAGGAAGGCUUCAGACUAUGGGGAAGAGAAGAUUAUUGCGAACUGCAGUAAUGCUAAGACAGUUUGGACACCCCUAAAAAGAACAGCCUCAUUCAGAUGUAGUACAUCAGGGACCACCCCACUCUCCAAUUACUGCUGCUUUGAGAAAUGCAAAACACCCACUUCUGACUUUGUAGUAGCUUAGGUCCUACACUCUGAUCUUUGUUCUGGACAAUCUCAGGUUCUCAGAAUUGAAACAUUCAAUUGUGUUUACUGACAAAAUGCAAACUAAAAAAUGUUUUGAUUCAACUUCUUACUCUACACUUGUAUACCUCUUUUCCAGAACUUGGCUUUUCCUGCAGUCCUUAACUGAGUUUAUUAUUUGCCAAGAAUAUGGUUUAAUGAAGACCAUGUCAGAUUCGUGUAUUCUAGAAUCCGUGAGUGCCUCCAACCAUAAACCCAGAAAUGUUGCAAUAGAGGAACCCAUUAGCAAGAUCAAUAACCAUCGUGGAUAUUCCAGAGAGCAGAGCACUUAACCCAGAAUCUAAAAUCUCAGUAAUAACAGAGAUGCCGAUAUGAGAUUGUGGUUAUUAACAAUAUGUUAUUCUCACAACUUUAGUUCUUUUUUCGUCCAGGUGUUUCAUUAAGUAUUCUCAUUUAUAUGCUUACAGAAGUCAUCAAAUCAACACAUUUACUGCAACACCUGGAUAUAAAGGAGAAUUAAAGCCUGGAGAAGAAUUACUUUAUUAUUCAUUAAGAACAGCAUUCCCACAUCCUCACACCAAUAUCUUCCACUGUUAUUGUGUAGUCAUAAUAAGAGUUGGGUUAUGUGAUUUAUGCAAAAUUGUUAUUGGUGUGUUCUAAUGAUUUUUUCCAGGAAUUCAAAUUAGUGAAGUAUAAAUACUUAGCACCCUAGAUUGUAAAAAUAGAGGAAAUGAGUAAACUUAAUGUAGUUCUUGUACAGUUGAGUUCUUGCUUCUUUAUAAACUUCCUGUUAUAAUCAGGAGUUGCUGUUUAGACGGUCGAACGAGAAUGAUAGUUGUUCAGAGAGGCAGGUUGUCCCAAGGUUUUUCAUGACUUUCAGGUCAAUUAAUUUAAGGGCCCACUAAAAAAUACAACUCAUUCUUUACCCUGUAAAACAGAGAAAGCACAUACAUUUAUGCAUUCUAAAGAUAAAAAUAGUUUCUCAAGGAAAUUUGAGGUUCUCCAAAGACCAGCUUAUGAAAAGUGACGUUUUGUGGUGAAAAUGGAAACCAAAUGCACUCACAUUUCCUGUCUGGUCUUGAAAAUCUUGGUGGUAUGUUACCAUUCCACUAGAUGGCAGUGUUGCUUACUGAGUGUCAAUGACUUUUCCCCCUUAAAUGGAAUCAUGUUUUUCUCCCCAAGAUACAAUAAAGCUGCCUUCUUGUCUGCA